GCGACUCCGUGACCGGCCAACGGCGCGCGCGCAACCUUUGAACCUGUACACGUGAAUAAUGGAGAGCCUAGAUGAACGGUGCACACCUCUGAAGGUAAAAUACGACGAGUGUUUUAACGCCUGGUUCCGGAGCUCAUUCCUAAAGGGUCGGGGGAACCACGAGGACGCCUGUGGCCGCUUGUUCACUGACUACCAAGCCUGUCUCAAGGCAGCAUUGGAACGAGAAGGGCUAAAUUCUCCAGCUCUCUCUGAGCAUGUGUUGGGAACUGACAAGGAAAAGAAGACUGAUUCGAAAUAGUUUACAUGUCUGCACAACGUUAUGACAUUUUGACAACACCACACAAUCAUUUUGACAACACAAGCACACAAUCAUUUUGGAGGCCACAGGGAAGCUAAACGAGUGUGUUUGCUCUGAGGUAGCCACAAUGAGAAGGCCUUCAAGAGAUCUGCGGGAAAACAUGCAGACUGCUGGCAAGUUAGCUGUUUGUGGCGGGACUUACACUUUGGUUGUUUUUCCCACUGCUGAAGGAGAGCUUGCCGUGAGGACACCUCUCUCUCUACUAGAGCCUUCAGCAGAACUGUAGUCUGGUGGUGGAGUCUGGGGAAAGAGGGAGGGUUAGGUUUGUUUCCUUAAUCCCUGUGAGGACUCACUUGGCCCAGCUCUUUAUCAUGGUCACAGGAGGGAGGAGGAGAGAUGAUGAGAAUUCCACCAACACAGUACACACCUAGUCAACAGACUGCUCUUACACCCAAAUUUCAAAAUGUCACAAAGCCAGUGUAGCUUCAAACGAAGAGCACAAAAGAUGUAGUUCAAAGUCACCUUUCCCUGUAGUAGGAACAGAGCAAACAGUCUGUAGAGCUGGAGACCAUGAGGAUGGGCCAUCUCAUGUGACCCAAGUGGCCACUGGUGCAAGACAUGUGACAUCUAAUGGUGCUGGUAUUGGGGUCAAAGGUUGGAGGAGGUAGUUCUAGAGGCUCUGAGAAUUUGCAGAAUUGAGGAACCAAUUGUGGUAGCCAUGCCUCCUGAACAGCCAUCACUCCUGAGAAGAAACAGAAACAUGCAAGUACAAUACACCCAUACACCAUGGAGCAGCGUUCAGUCAGGGGAUGUACACAAAGGCUAGGGUAUUUCAACCACACAUACAU